AUGCCGCUCCACAACCCCCUAUGGGAGGUCUCUGAACCCUACCUCACCGCCGCCGGCGUCUACAAAGCCCACGACCCAACGUACGGACGCUACCUUCUCCCGCACCACAAGCCGCACGGGUCGCUCGUGGACCACGCCGAAGUCAAGCAUACGUUCCGCCGCGUCUUUCUCAAGCCCGCAGCCCAGUUCAAGACCUGGGCAGAGGCCUAUGAGACCACUGACAUUGUCCACUCUGAAGAUGUCCAGCUCACCGAGGACGAGAUUGCGGCAGGCCACAAGCACGGUGGACGCUGGAUCUUCUACUCGGUCUGGGAGAUGGAGAGCGAGCCCGAGGGCGGAUGGGAGGAGGGCGGCAAGGGCCGUGGCAAGGACUUGAUUCUUAUUCAUGGUGGGGUCCUUGAUGGUCUUCGGAUUGCUGACCCGCCAGGCCUCAGCGACUAUGGUCUGCGCUACUGCCCACACGUGCUGCACUUCCUCAAGGCUGGCUUCCGUGUCAUCCUGCCCGACCUCCCAUCUUAUGGCCGCUCCACUGGGUUUGUCUCACUCGUCACAUCUGAACAUACUAACUGUGCCAGCGUCAACUCGUACAUUCCCUCGCUCAACCUUCUCCCCUCUGCGGUCCACACUGUGCUCAAGGACGUUGCCAAAUGGGACAUUGAGAGCGGCCGUGGCCAGCGCCAGGUCUUCCUCGGCGGAGCUUCCAUGGGCGGCUGGACAGUCAUGUACUAUGCCCUCAAGUUCCCCCCCGCCAUUAUCGAGGCCGAGGACGACUCUCCCUCCGUCGACGCCGCCAAGGAUGUCAAGGGCCCCGUCCCGCAGGUCCUCGGCGCCUUUGUUCUCUGCCCCAUGGUCGAGGUGUCCAAGGAGUCGCGUCCGUCGGGCGUCAUCGAGUACCUUGCCCAUGGCAUCAAGUACUUUGCCGGCGUCCUGCCCCUCGCCAAGGCGGUUAGGGGCAAUGUGUCCGACGACCCGCGUGUCGAGGAAGACUUCUUCGCUGAUCCUCUCUGCUACCACGGCCUCUUGCGCGUCGGUACGGGUCUCUCGUUGCUCGACGGCAUGACCGAGCUGCACAAGAAUGCGGAACAGAUUGAUAUCCCCAUUCGUAUUGUCCACGGCACUGCUGACCGCGCGACCUCGCACCACGGUACUGAGCGCCUGUUCCCUCGUCUCCCUCAUGAGGACAAGUCGCUGCAGCUGUACGACGGAUAUGAGCAUGUCAUGCUCAAAGUAGGCAUUGACGAAGCGGACGACGAGAAGAGGCAGCGUGUGCUUGCGGACAUGCGUUCAUGGCUGGUUGAGCGGUCGUGA